AUGACGUCGCGUUUCAAGUCGUGGUCCGGGCGAGCGGCGGCGCGCGCGUGGAGAGAUCGGCGGCUCGGAAGCACCGCGGUCGCGAGCGGCGAUGCGGUGAAAGUUCGGUCAGGCGCGUGGUCGACCGGCCUUUCGCCUUUGAAGAACCCGGAGGUGCUUCCGUUGCUCGCUGCCAUAGCGGCCGGCGGCCUCUUGGUGGUCACCAUCGUCACGCACGACCUCCGAACGAACCCCGAGGUCCUCAUCAAGAAGAAAGGGCGCGCGAUACAGAUCGUCGAGGAGGGGACGCCCGAGUACGACAAGCAAGUGGAGUUCGCGAAGAAGAGCUACGACCACUGGCUUCGCAGAAGGCUCGUUGGGUUGCGACCCUGGAUAUUUCCUCGCCUCCAAGAGAGGAUCAUGGGCGUAUCGCGCAAGGACCCGACGAUCGACUUGACGCAGGACAAGUGGAAGAAGAUCGCGGAGAAAGAGCACAAGAAGAAGUGA